GCUCUUCCUCCAACUCUGUCUGUCUGCAGCAUGGCUCCAAAGAAGGUGGAACCAAAGAAAACGGAGGCGAAAAAGGUGGAGGUGAAAAAGGAGGAGCCACCUCCUCCUGCUAAGCCAGCAGAGCCAGAGCCCAAGCCUCCAGAGGUGGACCUCAAGAGCAUAGUGGUGGAAUUCUCUCCAGACCAGAUUGAAGAGUUCAGAGAUGCCUUCUCGCUGUUUGACGAGACGCCCACUGGGGAGAUGAAGAUCACCUACGCUCAGUGCGGUGACGUCAUGCGAGCUCUUGGACACAACCCCACCAACAAUGAGGUGCUCAAGCUGCUGGGGAGACUGAAGGCAGAGGAGAUGAACGUCAAGCUUUUGGACUUCGACAGCUUCCUGCCCAUGCUGCAACACGUGGCGCGCUCCAAAGAGCAGGGCAACUUCGAGGACUUUGUAGAAGGUUUGAGGGUCUUUGACAAAGAGGGCAACGGAACAGUGAUGGGGGCAGAGCUACGCCAUGUCCUUGCCACACUGGGAGAGAAGAUGACAGAGGAUGAGGUUGACCGUCUGAUGGUAGGACAGGAGGACACCAACGGACACAUCAACUACACCGAGUUCGUCAAACACAUCCUAGCUGGGUAGAAGAGACUGUUGAAGGACAGAGUUCAACAUCUGUUCAGAUAUAUUUCUUCAAUAAAACAGCUGCAUUGUC